AUGAGGAAGGCGGCGGCUCCCCGCCCCGCGUUGCCCUCCCUCUCCGGAGCCCUCCUGCUCGGCUUCCUCCUCCCCCACUCAGGCCCCAAAAACGAGCUCAGGAGCCUCCCAGAGGCUCCGCCGAGGCAACGGGCCGCGCAGAACUCUGGCGGCGGCCGUGGGGCUGCUGGAGCCGGGCCUGGCCGGGAUGACCGUGACCGUGGCCCCCACGCACGCCUAGACCGGACCCCGGGCGGGCGCCGCCUCCUAGGACCAGAUUCCACCCCAGCGGCGGCGCGGCCGGGAGUCGCCCAGGAAGAAACUGACUCAGCGGACUCCCCCAAGUCCCCAGGCCCGGAGCCCCGCAGCGGAGGCGCGCAGUGCGCAGCCGGACCGGCCACCCUCCGCGACCCGCCAGCCGGGUAUCCUGCGGCCCCACGGAAGGUCUGGGAACUGGGAGCAGGAAAAAUGAAAGCCGCCUAUCUCCAGAUCUAAGAAUAGAAAUCAGGGCGCUGGGAAAAAAGGACACCGCCCAGAUGGCCCCUUUUACGAAUACAUUGUCUUUAGAGUUCCCCCUAUAGGGAGAUGAGCAAUUUCCCCCAAAGGAUGGAGAGAGAGGUUAGCCAUCAAAACUGCCCCCGCUACUGUCUUUUUUAUGAUUUUUUGUGACUGUUAGUGGGAGAGGAAAUAAACAGUUUCCCUGUGAGUUAUCUGAAGCUCUGGUCACCAAAAGGCCACUAAAUUAACUUUUGGAAAUUUGAGUUGCACUAGGCAGGGUUCUGAUACUUGGGACACCUGAAAAGUAAUCAGCUCUCAGAGCUAUUAGAACUGAGACAAAGGACAGAGUACAUGAAAUGAAAGGUGAAAAGGUGAGAUUAGCAAACCUAAAUACUCCUCUCUUGGUGUUCAGAAAUACUUAUGUGUACGGGUGUCUAUAACCCCAAAGUUUUUUGGUUUUGUUUUUUGAUUGUUUGUUUGUUUGUUUGUUCUGUUAAGUACCUAAGUAAUGUGUUUUUAGGAAAAGAAGCCUAGCAAGAACAUUGUAGACAAGGCUAGGCAAAGAUGAUCUAUCCUUCAGGUGAUGUGUCUGUCCUCAAGGUCAUUUACAAAGAAGAGGAUUGGACUGGAAGUUACUACUUCUCAAUUUUAGUUUUGUUUUCACAUCUGUUACUUCAAUCCUGAUGACAAUUCUGAAAUGGAUACAACUACUACUAUGUAUCCUUCUUUCACUAAUGAGGAAAUUGAGAUCUGGAGUUGAGAAGUGAAGAGCUUUGCUGGAGUCACAGAGGUGAGAAGUUGAGAGCCAGUAAUUCAACCCAGCAAAUCUCCUAACUCCAGGUAGAAGGUUCUUCAUGCUCUACCACUUUAGUAAGAAUGCUCUAGACUUUGUUAAUUCAUUAGAUUAGCAAGAUAGCAAAUUCCUACUCAACCUGGAUAUUGGGUCUAUGUCUUGUUGUGAUAGAGUCUUCAACUUUUACAGAGACAUGCUGAAAUAUUUAUAGUUGAAAUGGUUAGGAUUUGUUUCAAAGUCAUCCAGUGGAGGAGGAAAAGAUGAAAUGUGUGGAGGCAGAGAUAACGAUAAUAACUUUUGAACUGAUAAUUGUUGAAGAUAAUAAGAGAUGGGUUCAUGUGGUCUGUUCUACUAUUCUGUCUAUAUAAAAUUUUCCAUAAUUUAACAAAAAACUCCCAAUCUUACAAUAUUUAUCAGGCCUACAGUGUAUUAUUUUCUAAGUUGUUUCUAAACUUGUUUCCAUUUCUGAUGACUUAAUCAAUGUCUCAAACAUUUCUAGGCAUUCUCCAUCUUAUGCAUUCCUUCUGUUCCUCUGCAUUAGUUUCUCCCUUCCUGUUCUACUGAAUUACAACCUUGCAAGAAAUUAAAACCUACCUCCCUUCCAAAGAAAAAUAAAUCUAAAUUAAAAGAUGUCUCCUAA